AACCAAAGAGUUAAAAACCGCUAUGCCAUACGUCGUUUGACAGCAAAUGCUACAUCCGGUCCACGAAAGUCAGAAAGGCCCUUUUUCAAGUGUACGCCAUUGCUGGCGUAUGGUAGUUUAUUUUGUUGAAAGAAAAAUCACUAACCAUCCAACAUGGUGAAUUUUACGGUAGACGAAAUCCGUGCCAUGAUGGACAAAAAGCGGAAUAUCCGCAACAUGUCCGUUAUUGCGCACGUCGACCACGGCAAGUCUACAUUGACGGAUUCGCUGGUAUCAAAGGCCGGUAUCAUUGCCGGCGCCCGGGCCGGUGAAACUCGCUUCACGGACACCCGUAAAGACGAACAGGACAGAUGCAUCACAAUCAAAUCAACAGCCAUCUCUAUGUUCUUCGAGCUCGAAGAGAAAGAUUUAGUUUUCAUCACGAACCCGGACCAGCGUGAGAAGAAUGAAAAGGGUUUCUUGAUCAACUUGAUUGACUCGCCCGGGCACGUUGACUUCUCCUCUGAAGUAACAGCUGCUCUCCGUGUAACUGAUGGCGCUCUUGUCGUCGUAGACUGUGUCUCUGGUGUGUGCGUACAGACCGAGACUGUGCUGCGUCAGGCCAUUGCCGAGCGUAUCAAGCCCAUCCUUUUCAUGAACAAGAUGGACCGUGCUCUGCUUGAGUUGCAGCUAGAGUCAGAGGAGCUCUACCAGACCUUCCAGCGUAUUGUUGAGAAUGUCAACGUAAUUAUUGCCACCUACAAUGAUGACGGUGGACCGAUGGGUGAGGUGCGUGUUGACCCCAGCAAGGGCUCCGUGGGCUUCGGCUCCGGGCUCCACGGCUGGGCGUUCACCCUCAAGCAGUUCUCCGAGAUGUACGCCGACAAGUUCAAGAUUGACCUCGUCAAGUUGAUGAACAGACUGUGGGGAGAGAACUUCUUCAACGCCAAAACCAAGAAGUGGUCGAAACAGAAGGACAGCGACAACAAGCGUUCGUUCUGCAUGUACGUGCUGGACCCCAUCUACAAGGUGUUCGACGCUAUCAUGAACUUCAAGAAGGAGGAGAUCGACGGUCUGCUCAAGAAGAUCGGCGUCACGCUCAAACACGAGGACGCUGACAAGGACGGCAAGGCUUUGCUCAAGGUGGUGAUGCGUACCUGGCUGCCGGCCGGAGAAGCCCUGCUUCAGAUGAUCGCCAUCCACCUGCCGUCGCCCGUGGUGGCGCAGAAGUACCGUCUCGAGAUGUUGUACGAGGGACCCCAUGACGAUGAGGCCGCUAUCGGCAUCAAGAACUGUGACCCCGAAGCCCCAUUGAUGAUGUACGUGAGCAAAAUGGUGCCGACCUCUGACAAGGGACGUUUCUACGCGUUCGGUCGCGUGUUCUCCGGCAAAGUGGUCACCGGGCAGAAGGCCCGCAUCAUGGGACCCAACUUCCAGCCUGGAAAGAAAGAGGAUCUGUAUGAGAAGACCAUCCAGCGUACCAUCCUCAUGAUGGGUCGUUAUGUGGAGGCCAUCGAGGAUGUUCCAUCCGGAAACAUCUGCGGUUUGGUUGGAGUUGACCAGUUCUUGGUUAAGACUGGUACCAUCACCACUUUCAAGAACGCCCACAACAUGAAGGUGAUGAAAUUCAGCGUGUCGCCCGUGGUGCGCGUGGCCGUGGAGCCCAAGAACCCCGCCGACCUGCCCAAGCUGGUGGAGGGGCUGAAGCGCCUGGCCAAGUCCGAUCCCAUGGUGCAGUGCAUCAACGAGGAGUCCGGGGAGCACAUCGUGGCUGGAGCCGGAGAGCUGCAUCUUGAGAUCUGUCUCAAGGAUCUGGAAGAAGAUCACGCUUGCAUUCCAAUCAAGAAAUCCGACCCUGUCGUGUCUUACCGUGAGACUGUCAGCGAGGAGUCCGACCAGAUGUGCUUGUCCAAGUCUCCCAACAAACACAACCGGCUGUUCAUGAAGGCCCAGCCCAUGCCCGAUGGACUCGCUGAGGACAUCGAUGAGGGCCGCGUGAACCCUCGCGACGACUUCAAGACCCGCGCGCGCUACCUGUGCGACAAAUACGAGUACGACAUCACCGAGGCGCGCAAGAUCUGGUGCUUCGGCCCCGAGGGCACCGGGCCCAACCUCAUGGUGGACUGCUCCAAGGGGGUGCAGUACCUCAACGAGAUCAAGGACUCCGUGGUGGCCGGCUUCCAAUGGGCUGCCAAGGAGGGAGUUAUGGCCGAGGAGAAUUUGAGAGGCGUCCGCUUCAACAUCUAUGAUGUGACGCUCCACACUGACGCCAUUCACAGAGGUGGCGGCCAAAUCAUUCCGACGACGAGGAGGUGCCUGUACGCGUGCAUGCUGACCGCCGCGCCCCGCCUCAUGGAGCCCGUGUACCUGUGCGAGAUACAGUGCCCGGAGGUGGCCGUGGGCGGCAUCUACGGCGUGCUGAACCGGCGGCGCGGGCACGUGUUCGAGGAGUCGCAGGUGGCGGGCACGCCCAUGUUCGUGGUGAAGGCCUACCUGCCCGUCAACGAGUCGUUCGGCUUCACGGCCGACCUGCGCUCCAACACGGGCGGCCAGGCCUUCCCGCAGUGCGUGUUCGACCACUGGCAGGUGCUGCCCGGGGACCCCUGCGAGCCCAGCAGCAAGCCCUACGCUGUUGUUCAGGAGACAAGGAAACGGAAAGGACUGAAGGAGGGUCUGCCGGACUUAAAUCAAUAUUUGGACAAAUUGUAAACGUCAUAGCUAAAACAAAUCCAUACUGUAAUAUAUGUAACAUUACCGAGCGCCUCCCGCCAACAAGUUGUUUUAUUACGAUAUUAUUUUAGACUGUACCAAGCUAUGAUUUUGUAAGUGCCGCUAGCGUGAACCAAUAAAUAUUGCUGGUCGAUAUAAAUGCAUUGUUAAUAUUACGGUGGUACCGUUUACGCGCGGAUGUUGUAGUGUCGAGUUGGAAAAUAAUUAUAGCAAAUAUAUACAUUGAAAUUUCACCUGAACAAGUUUACAAAAAACUUAGUAACACGAUUUUACGACUCUGAGGAAGGUGGGUGGUUCACGAGUGAAAAGCGAAUGAUAUACCCCUGUGAGAUACGGCAAGGGAACUUGGUAUAUCGGGAGAUUUUAACGCCGAAUACAGCUCAAUUAUUUGUCACUGGCACGCAAAUUAUCGUUAUUUUGAUCUGUAUGGUCGCAAAUGUUUUAAACCUUGAUUAUUAUAUUUUACGUUUCAAGUUUGCAUUUAGCGUGCCAGUUACAUUCCGCGCGUAAACGAGCAAUUUGACUUUAGUAUCACUAUUAUGAUAUAAUAUAUACGAUUUUAUGAUAUCCCUCUUCAUUGGUAAGAAUUGUUAUCAUUAUGUAGUUGGGGACACAGGACUUUCUUUACUUAUACUGUAAUUAAUUUUUAAAUUAUAAUUUUUCUAUUGUAAA